AUGUUUUUAUCUGAUGAAAAUAUUUGCGGUAAACCUUCAACAAAAGAAUUUGGAUGCAUGAUAAAUGUACCACAACGAAAUAAAUUAUCACAUCCAAACAAAAUUGACAAAAUCAAAAUUUCUUAUUAUAUAAUUGAAUUUGAUGAUAAUGCCAAAUUAGCAAUUGGUACUUCUAUAUUAAUAGGCAUCUAUACUUUUGAACAUCGCAAUCCAGUAUCAAUUGAAUUUUAUAUUUUUAGAAGGAUCUUAAUACCAUUACUUCUACUCAUUAAAUAG